AGCCAGAGACAAAACUUUCAAUUGGUUAUUGGUUUAGCCUUUUUAUUUUUAAUGUUAUAGUCUUCUUCUUUUGGGGAGGGAGAAGACAAAGGAAGAACAGGAACUGUGCUAAGGGAGGAUUGUAUGACUGGAUCCUAUGGAAUACUAAGAUUUCCUGUGAUCUUCCAGCACUCCUUAGAGGGUGCCAUCACUGAAAUUCCAAAUAAAAUUGGGACUUUUUAAAUCUCCCCCUUUUUUUACCCAUUUUAAAAAAAAAUGUUGGGACUUUUAAAUCCCCACUUCUUUUUUUCCACUUUCUUUAAAAAAAAAAAAAAAAAGUUGGGACUUUUUAAUCUCCCCUUUCCCCCCCUCAUUUUCUAGAAAAAAUAAAUCUCAUUACAGUGCUCUUUCCCCAAACAGGGAUCUUCCCUCAAGCUGAUUCCCAAUGUUUUACAGGAUGAGUUCCACAUCCUGCUGCCUUCACAGCAGCCUCAAACCAGGUUUGAAUUCCUAUGGAAUAAGCAGCAAUGAAGUUGCUAUCAAAAUAAGCUGGAGCUCCAAAAAAACCUCAAACAACCAAACAAGAGGAGUUGAACUAACUCAUCAAAGACUUUUUUGGAGCAUCAGGGCUGGUGAAUCACCAGUUUUUCCCUCCCUCAGCAACUCCAUCCUUGCCUGGAGCCCCAGGGAGGGCAGGUGGAGUGGGAAGGGCAUGACUUCAGAAAGUUAAAAAAAAAAACCCUUCCAAAAAAAAAAAAAGGCAGAAAGCCGACAUCACCCCAGUCAUGUGAUACAAAAGAACCAAUGGAGGCAGGUCCUGGAAAGGGGAACAGUUAAAUUUGUAAUUUGGGUUGUGUGAAACACUUCUUUGGGCCUCAUAAACAACCACAGAACCACAAGUUGGGUACGGAGGCAGUCACCCAAGAGCGGGUCCGGGAUAUUGGUCAGCAGGGAGGGCGAAUCGUUGUGCCUACAAACCACAGGGUUUCGGAGGGUGGUGGAAGAAACCCCAAAUUCCCUCCCAGUGAAGAGAGAGUGAGUUUUAAAGAGGAAACAAUGGCUUCGAACAGCAUAUUUGAGUCACUUCCUUCUUACCAGCACUUCUUGAGAGAUACCAGCACCAGCCGCCGCUUCACGCCGCCCUCCACCGCGCUGAGCCCGGGGAAGAUGAGCGAGCCGCUGGCGCUGCCCGCAGCCGAGCACAGCGGGGCUUUGCCGGGGAAGCUGCGCAGCGCCGACCGCAGCAUGGUGGAGGUCCUGGCGGAUCACCCCGGGGAGCUGGUGCGAACCGACAGCCCCAACUUCCUCUGCUCCGUGCUGCCCACGCACUGGCGCUGCAACAAGACGCUGCCCAUCGCCUUCAAGGUGGUGGCCCUGGGGGAUGUCCCCGACGGGACCCUGGUGACGGUGAUGGCCGGGAAUGACGAGAAUUACUCGGCGGAGCUGCGCAACGCCACGGCCGCCAUGAAGAACCAGGUGGCGCGGUUCAACGACCUGCGCUUCGUGGGCAGGAGCGGCAGAGGUACGAGGCGGGGUGGUUCCAGCUCCAUCUUCUGCCCCUGGAUGUGGAGUUGGGAGUUUUUAUCCACCAGGGAAUGGUGGAAAACGUAGCACAGUUCCAAAAGCUCAGGGUGGGUUUCUGCGUUUUUCUCCCAGACGGUUUUUCCGCAUCGCUGUGAUUUGUAAGCGGUGGAAAUCCCGCUGGGAAAAGACAGAAAAAAAAAAAAAUAUUAAAAUCCACCCCGAGAGUGACAUUUGUGGCAGCAGCUCCUGGUGAUUUAGGUAGCCCAAUGUUACACGUGGUAAUAGGUUUAAGUGGCAGAUUUAGGUUUAAGUGGCAGAUUUUCAAUCUCAAAUGAGAAUUUUCAGCUUGUGGUCAUCGCGGGGCUCCCCAGCACUCUCUGCAAAAACUGGUUUUGCAGCAGAGAGAGUGCUAAAAACACAAAUA